GCUUUACCAAAAUUUGUCGAAUAAGGCGUAGGCGAUGUCUGGGCUAAAAAUGGUGGAUUUCUUCCGCAAGAUUCCGGCAGAUCUCACUGAAGCAACGAUGGUUGGAGCCACGCUAUCGAUAACAGCUGGCGUGUUCAUGGCGAUUCUCUUCCUGGUUGAGCUCUGGGCCUUUUUGUCCACAACUAUUGAAACCGGCGUAAUGCUCGACACCAAUGCCGAAACAUUGUUGCGAAUCAAUUUCAACGUCACGAUGCUAGAUCUGCAGUGCGAUUACGCCGCAGUAGAUGUUGUUGAUGUUCUGGGCACCAACUCGAUGAAUGUAACAAAAAAUGUAGAAAAGUGGCAAUUGGAUGAGACGGGUAAGAGAAUGAUAUUUCAAGGUAGGAACCGUGAACAGAAGGCAAUUCAACACGACGCGCACGAUACGGAGUAUCGUGCCUAGUACUAAAGUCGGUUCGACUUGAACUAUAAUAGACUGUAAAUAAUAUCUGCAAUGAAGCCAACUUUGACAUGUAUCUCUCCGAAAAUCCGUACGUCUUCGUCAACUUCUUGGCUCCUUGGUGCAUCUGGUGCCAGCGGCUCGAGCCAACAUGGGAAGCCACGGCCGAGGAAGUAGAAAGACUGAACGAAAAUGAAAACGAGUCCAUUGAUGUAGAUAUAGUCAAAGUGGAUUGCGUGGCGAACCGCAACCUUUGUGGUACACAACGCAUUCAAGCUUUCCCUACACUCCGAUUCUUCAAGGAUUCUCAGCAGUACGGCAUUGACUAUAAACAGGAUCGCACCGUCUCUGCUAUGAUAGACUUUCUAAAACAGAAGGUGGAACUUGAGAAGACGAUGGAAGAUUGGCAUCCUCGUCGCAAACAGCGCAUGCUUGAAAUCAAAGAACAUCCCGGUUGCAUGGUUUCAGGCCACGUGCUUGUAAAUAGGGUCCCUGGUAAUUUUCAUAUUGAGGCCCGCUCCCUCCAUCAUAACCUCAAUGCGGCCAUGACAAAUCUAUCUCAUAUUGUUAAUCACUUAAGUUUCGGGACCCCCCUUGCUAGGGAUUUGCAGAGGAAGGUAUCCAAAUACCCACAAUUUCAGUCCGCCCAUCCACUGGACGGUGGUAGCUUUAUCAACAGGGACUAUCACCAGGCGCACCAUCAUUAUUCAAAGGUUGUCUCCACGCACUUCGAGG